ACAAGCCAGCGGCAAAAUAACCUCAAACCUUAGCUUUACUUGCUCUUGCAAACUUUUUACAACUUUAUCAACAAUUCAUUCAACUGACUAGUUCACUUACCGUCAACCAGGUACUUCGUACUGUUUAAAACACGCGGAGGCUAAAAUGGGCACUCAAGACAUCGAAAUAAACUAUGGUUAUGAUUUGUGUAAACAGUACAAAGGCCUGCAACUCUUACAUGCACAUCAACAAAUCAAAGAACUGCAAACAAUAUUAAGAGACAAAAAUACCUCCAGAAGUGACUUCAAAUUCUACGCGGAUCGUCUGAUCCGUCUAGUCAUCGAAGAUAGCUUAAACCAGCUUCCGUUCACCGAUUGUAAGGUUAUUACGCCAACAGGAGCCACGUAUAACGGUUUGAAGUACAGAUCGGGUAAUUGCGGUGUGUCCAUAGUGAGAUCGGGAGAAUCAAUGGAACAGGGCUUGCGAGAUUGUUGCCGCAGUAUUAGGAUAGGAAAAAUUCUAGUCGAAUCAGACGCCGAUACACAUGAGGCGAGGGUUGUCUAUGCUCGAUUUCCAGAGGACAUAGCAAAGAGAUAUGUUUUAUUGAUGUAUCCCAUAAUGUCUACUGGAAAUACAGUGAGCAAAGCGGUAAACGUCCUAAAAGAGCACGGAGUGAAAGAAGAAUGUAUUAUUUUAAGUAACUUGUUCUGCACACCACAAGCCGUGCAGGCGGUAUUGGAGUCAUAUCCAAGGAUGAAAAUUUCCACCUCCGAAGUCCAUCCAGUAGCUCCGAAUCACUUUGGCCAAAAGUAUUUUGGGACCGACUAAAGACUGAUUGACCACAUACCGCAAGCCCUUUUUUUGAGUGACGAUGAAACCGUUGUUCAUAAAGUAUUUAAUUAUGCAUUAUCGUUUCAGUGAUAAGUUGUGUAAUUGCAAUAAUUUAUUGUAAUUUUAUUAUGUGAUGUAAUCUUCGGAUAAUUUAAUUUUAUUAUUUAUCUUGUUAACAGGUAUUCUGUGUUGUGAAGAUGUUAUUGUUUAUAUCUAAUUUAAUAAAGUGUCUUGGAAUUGUU